AUGGAUACGAUCGACGAUAUGAUAGAACAACAGCAACAGCAACAAUCGCUCCUGGAGCCUUUGAACGAUGCGGUCGAGUCGCCGGUGUCCAGUACGCAACAUAGCAAUUCUCAUUCGCGCGGCGAUAUAAGUAACGCCAGUCAACAUGUUGGAUUGUUAACGCGCGUUGCCGAUUCCGGCGAACGAGCGCCCGAGGAGACUUUAACAGUGAUAGUACAACUGCAAGACGAUUCCAGGGAUUCCCAACUUCUCAGUCCCGAGAAGCUUACACCUAACGAUGAAACGACCAUCAUGGACGAUACGGCUGAUUUUCGUUCACUUCACGAGCCUACGUACCAAACGUUGACUUCGGUAAAUGGCCGAAUGUCACCGCCUGGUUUUAGUCCUGGUUCGUCUUAUGCAACUUUGACUCCUCUGCAGCCUCUGCCUCCGAUAUCGACAAUGUCAGAUAAGUUUGCUUAUGGCCAUGCAACAGGAGUUUUACAAAAUAAUGGUAUGGGUAUCGGUUUAGCACUUGGUUCAAGUUCUCCUUAUGCAUAUGACAAGUUACCAUCGAUGGGCAUGUCGCCGCCGCACGAUUACUCUCCACCCGCCAAUACUCUUGGAGCAAUGGUUAUGUCGCAGCAACAUAGUCCACUAUCACCUCAUAGUGCUUAUAGUCAAAACGGACUUCAAUCUCCCCAAAAAAGUUUAUCGCCAUCGGGUUAUGAUUCUCCUUACGGCCAGAGACCCAUGCAACAGAGUCCUGUGUUAAGUCCGCCUUCGUCUGGAUCGGUCAGAUCACCAGACGGUGGUAUGGGAGGAGGUUUUGGUUCAGGUCUGUCAUCACUCAAUGGAUUAAAUCAACAUACAAACGCGCCGCCUGGAUUAGUGCAAAUAUCACACGUGAUUCGUGAACAAUCUUCUCCUUCGCCCCCGUUGCUGACACUACAAACGCAAGGUAAAAAUAUUAAUAACGCAACACUUCUGCAAACGACGUCAGUAUCUGCGCCUUCAGACGGUGAAGAAAUCAACACGAAGGAAUUGGCACAGCGCAUCAGUGCAGAGCUAAAACGUUAUAGUAUACCACAAGCAAUAUUUGCACAGCGGGUUUUGUGUAGAUCUCAAGGAACGCUUUCGGAUUUACUGCGUAACCCGAAACCUUGGUCGAAGCUGAAAUCUGGUCGCGAGACGUUUCGAAGGAUGUACAAGUGGUUGCAGGAACCGGAGUUCCAGCGAAUGUCUGCGUUGAGGCUGGCGGGUAAGUUAUGCAAUUUUAUGAUUUGA